GACGGGCGUCUGGAGACGGUGCAAGAAGACGUGCCACACGCACGCACGCGCGCGCGCGCACGGAGCAGGCACACACGCACGCGCGCGCACGGAGCAGGCAGGCGGCGACAGAAACGUAAACGGCGGAUCAGAAAACAAUGCGUCUCGGCUCGUCGCCGUCAUGUUGCCGGGAGUUGUCUACGCGCUGCUGGCGGGUUUCCUCGGGGCCGUGGCGUCUUCGUCGGCCAAGCUGUCCCUCGGAGCGGACUACCUGAAGGGGGUCUGCGAAACCGGACUCCGGACGUGGGGCGAGCAGCGGAAAUUCAGGCACGCGGACGAAACAACCGCCUGCGACCGGCUUCACAUCCCUCUGAGGCUGCUGUGUGGCGGGCUGCUUUUCACCUGCAAUGCCGUCAUGUGGACCUUCCUCGCUAAAGCACUCAGGUACUCCUCUUCCUCCACCCAAACCACUGUGACCACCACCGCCUCCAACUUCAUAUCUUCCGCUUUUCUUGGCCAGCUGAUCUUUGGUGAAGCCCAGAUAACGUUGUGGUGGGUCGGCAUCUCCCUGACCUUCUCCGGUCUGUUGGUGCUGCAGAGGGUUUCACCGCAGGACGGGCAACAUGACGCAGUCGCCAAGGACGAAUAACUUGUCUCGUCUCCACUAGACGGGUCCGGCCUGGCUCCGGCUGGCUGUGGAAUGAGGUGUGGUUUCUUGUUGCUGUCUCCUCUGAUUUGAACAUCUAUAGCCAAAGGAAAUGAAGACCUUAAGAGGGAAUUUCCAGUUCUAUAGUUCCCCUUAAACCCAAUUACUAGUUUAAUUGAUUUGAAUUGUUUCCUGAAUAACCCAAAUGACACUUAAAUUGCAUCCUUCCUGAUGAAGAUGACGAACAAAUCCUCGUAAUGUUACUAUUUAUCUGUGUGUUUGCACUGUUCUCAAAUCAGAGGAGAUGUCGGCCUUUUGCCCGUAUGAUGACACAACUGCAGUCCGGCUAGUGGAGACAAGCGAACAGAUGGCCGCGCCCAGCAGACGCUCUCGAAUCGAUUCUGACCACACCAAUGAUGCAAACAUUAAACUAGCUUUACGUUUGGAGGGUUUUUCGCUCAACAGCGGCACAACAACUCAUAAUGUAACAGAACAGCUGAGAAGGGAAAAGAAUCCGUUAAAGGGAAGCCUUUGAAACCCAGGGAAACACACUUGUUUGCGUUCCUUCUGAGAGUUGGACAAGAAUAUUGACACCGCGUUUAUGUCUGUGCGGUAUGUAUGAAGCUGGUCCCGGUUAGCCUAGCUUAGCAUAACAGGUGAAACAUCCAGCUCUGUCUGAAGUUAACAAACUCUGCUCGCCAGCAUAUUCAAAGCUCACAAUCACUCCAAUAUCCAGUAAUCCGUGGCUUUAUUUUAUAUUUUUGUGUGGAUGAAACUCUUUUAUUUAGCUUUGGGCAGAACCAAGCCGACUAAACUAAGCUAAACCGCCCAUCUUUUGGCUGUUGCUUCAUAUUUGAAGGACGUGAGAGUGGUAGUCGUUUUAUUUUCUAACUCUCUGCAAGAAAGGAAAUAUGUGUGUUUCUCAAAAGCUUUCCCUUUUUAAAAGAGGAGACAGAUAAUUAUAUAUCUAAGUGGUUUUCUCAUGAGCAGAGGGAACAUCACAUCGUGUACUUUGAUGUCCCCAUCACUCAAUCUGUGCAUUAAAUACUGCAGCCGUCAGAUCACCAAAGCUUUUCUCACAUUUCUCACUGUAAACAUCCUACACUGACGUUGCAUCUUAUGCAUGCUCAAGAUGAAUAAUAACAAUUAUAAAUGAAGCACUUAGCUGACGAGGUGAACUCGUGUGCAUGUUCCCACUGAGGCCUAAACUGAAAUUUUCUCACACCAAAGCAUCCCGAGUGUGAGUGUCAGUCUGUUACAGAAUGACGUACCUGUGAGCUGCUUUGUGUUAUUAAACACACAAUCAUGUGAUUUAAAUGUCCAUAUUGUCUCUACAGCGUCACAUGACCUCUUGAUUGCCGCGCACUGCAUUUAUGAAUUCCAAAUAUCCCUCCCACCGAUCAUCAUUUGCAAUAACAUCUAACUUCUCUUGAACCUCAUAACACUGUGAUGUGUGUGACAACGGAGGAGCUUUGACGAUGGAUAAUUGAGCAGAGGAGAUUUCAAUACACGCUGGUAGAGGGACGUUUCUGUUAGCGGGAAUCAGGCUAAGUAAGUAUACUGUAGCACACGGGGGUUUGUUGUUGAUGCUUUGUUGAACAGUUUUGUGAGAUCACACUUUGCGGUUGCUUGGAUACAUGUAAUAAUAUGAAUGCAUAACGGUAGCUAUUAUGCCCGUCUGUAAUAUUCCACAGCAGCAAUGCACAAAUAUAUCAAAUGUCCUUCCAGCUGCUGCUGUGCAGGUUUUGUACCACGUGAUUUGAAUGCAUCCCUAUUAAUGUGACUGCCGUGAGAAUGUGAUCACGCAGCGCUCCUGUUAAAGGCCGCUGGUGGACUGAUGUUUCAUGGCAGGGCCGUUCUCGCCUCACCGGUUUCGACAGCAGUGGAUAUAACUCCCAGCCACGCUGAAUCCAGCUGUUUGUGCCUCCCAGUCACAUUCUGGGUGUGUGGCAUUAACUUUUAAGGGAAAUUUAGCUUAUUGUCUUUCUUGUCGAGAGUUCGAUGAGCAGAUUGAUGCUGCACUCACGUCUGCUUGAUUUAAUAUGAAGCUGGUAGCCAGUUGCUAAAAGUUGGGAAGAAAACGCUAGCCCGGCGUUGUCCAGAUGUAAUAAAAUAUGCCAACCAGCACCUCUAAUGAACAUGUUGUGUUCACAUAGUUUGUUAAAUAAAGUUUAAAAGCACUGUGAGGUUCGCCAGGCAACCAGCUGAUUAGCAAAUCUGUUAAAUCGUGAGCUUUGGACGUGCUGGUAGCUGUUUUUAUGUGUGCUAACCUGAGCCCACCAGCGUAGUUUGGUUUAUUCCUGAGGGACAUGAGAGUUUUAAGCCAGACUCCCAUCUUGGCUGGGAGCAGUUGCCAAGCAAUGAGCAGAAAAUAAAAUGUUCUGACACAUAAACCCCAAUUUUAUGUAGAGUAUUUGGGGCAGAUAACACCUUCAACGCGGUAACGACAUAUAUAACGUGUUGAGGUUUUUGUAAACAGGCGGUCAUUUCCCCCUGUGUACAGGCUUCAUGCUAAGCUUCAUAUUGACUUGCAGACACGGGAGUGGGAUGACUCUUCUCAUCUAACUCACUAAUUGUGAAGUGUAUUUCCCAAAAUGUUAAACAUUUUUUAAGCUACCUUUUAAGGUCUGUAUCGUGUGCGUUUGAUUCUGAAGGGAUUUUUGGGUGCCUGGCUUUUCCUCCCUCUUAGGGCACGACAUGAGGGCCAAACCAUCUCCCUGUGAACCCACUCUCACUGUAAUCGAACUGGUUGGAUCUUUUCAGAGUUCUGUGAAAGCCACGUGGCCCUUAGUUUGAUUUAUUUAUAUCUGUGAGCACAUAAACUGUAGAUGUGAUCGUACAGAGAGAUUGAAAAAAAACACUAGAAUACAAGGCUGAUGCAAUAAAGCGCAUGUCACAUUGGCUUGUUCACGUGCCGCACUAAAAGCAACGGUACAUUUUUCAGCACUUUUCAGUCAGCAAAGUUUUGACUUAUCACUUGGUUGCAUUGACUGGUUUUGCAGUAGUUGGUCGGUAACCCUAAAAUAAGAGCACAUCAGUCAUCGCCUCGAUCUGAUGGCUGCUGCACCAACAAAUCAAAUCAAAUUUGAUGAGAAACUAACUUUUUUCUCCGAUACAAACUGUUCACGUGUCUUACAGAUUAUGUGAAACUAACAUUUGUAAAAGUGUAAAUAUAUUCUGUUAAUAAGAAACACUUUAACCAAUGUGUAAAUUAGAGAAUUAUUAAAUAAACAUCUCAUCUGACAAGA